AUGACUGAUUGGACUAAACUCAAGGUCGUUGACCUAAAAGCAGAGUUGAAGAAGAGAGGUCUUGCUCAAACGGGUCUCAAACCUGCUCUCGUUGCGCGACUGGCUUCAGCGGAAAAUGAAGAUGGAGAGGAAAGUGAAACAACGGUACAAGGAGAUGGCGCGAAGCAAGAUGCUAGCUCUGCAACGUCCCCUGACACGGUAUCACCUGUGUUGCCAUCGGCAGAUUUAGGCGCAGAAACGGUACAAGAUGGGUCGACUCAGGGGGAAACUUCUCAGCAGCCUCUUGAGAUCAGCGAUAGUAUCCAGGAAAGCGCCAGUGUUGAGCCGCAUAUUACUUCGAAAGCGCCAGAAACAUCAACGGAGCCUUCCGCUACAAUCGAACAGCCCGUCCAAAUUCCACAAACCCAUCAGUCGACCUUACCAUCCGUCGAGCCCCAAGAAGCGCGAGAUGAUGGACAGAAGCGCAAGAGGAGAUCGCAAAGCCCACCACCGGCUGGUACCGAGUCGGCGCGCAAACGAGCUCGACAGGAUGUGGAUAUGGAUGGCGUGGAUAAUAGUUUGCUUGAACUCGCUGAGCCUCUAACUCAAAACAAUAACACUAUCGACCCAGAGGAAAAAAUUGGCGAAGGUGAAAUGGCGUUGGCUGAUACUUCGCCUGGGUCCGCGCCGGACAAAUUGAAAUAUCAAAGUCCACCUGCCUCGAACCUUAAUCUGCCAGCUGGUGACAAGAUGGUCAUCGACACGGAAGACCAAACAAAAAGAGAUAGCGAUCCUAUCAUGGAUUCUCCUUCACGGCCGAAAUCAUCGAAAUACAAGGAGAUAUUCACGUCACACCAGAGAAGGUUAUCUGUAGACAAAUCCGUUUCGCGCGAUAUACCGGACAUGAUGGAUACCGAACCAGAUCGUAUAAUUGAUCCCGCUAUUCAUCCUGCGACCGCAUCCUUAUACAUUAGGGACUUCAUGCGGCCUCUUAACGAGAGCCAGCUCAAAGCUUACCUCGCAGAUCUCGCUACAGCACCCGGUCAAGAUCCCGAUCUAGAUGUGAUUACCAGAUUCUAUGUCGAUUCGAUUCGAACACAUGCAUUUAUAUCCUUUACCAGUAUAUCUGCCGCCUCUCGGGUGCGCUCAGCAAUUCACGGUCGCAAAUGGCCAGAGGAAACAACCAGGAAGCCUUUGUGGGCUGAUUUUGUACCGGUGGAUAGGGUGGAAACCUGGAUCCAAGAGGAACUUUCGACUCAAGGUGGCGGGCGCCCCGCGAGCAAGAGGUGGGAAGUCAACUAUGAUGUGGAUGAAGACCGAAAUGUGACCGCUUCAUUACAAGAGUCAGCGAACUUUAAUAGACCACAAGUUACUCCGCGACAGCCAUCCAUCUCAGUACCAACGCCUACCAUUCCCACACAACCGAGGGGUAUUGAAGGUGCCCCAUUGGGACCUCGAUCGGACAAAUUCAAAGGUGCAAGGGCUGCAACCAAUUUUGCAACUCUCGAUCAGCUAUUCAAAUGCACAACCGCGAAACCAGCUUUGUAUUGGCAGCCCGUGGCCAAAGAAAUUGCUGAUAAGCGACUUGACAAUAUUGACUUUGCCACUUCGAAGGCAGCGCAAGGCCAGCGGAUCGCGGGCCAGAGAUAUUCCCCGGCAUACGGCCUCCUCCAGGACAUCCAAGCUCAAGAGGUGGCGGGUAUCGUGGUGGUGGAAGAGGAGGAAAUAGAGAUGGGCGAGGACUUCAUCGAGCUCCGGAUCGGUAUGACGGUUACAGAGGAGGAGAUAGGAGAAGAGAUGAGCGACGAUAUUGAAAGGGUUUCGGCCAUUAAAGUUUCUUUCAAAGCUCUUCCCAUUGAGCUGCAAGAUAGCAUUCGUUUCUACACAGCGCGACUUACCCAAGCCGCAGGCAUUCUCCUACGUCUUCCCCAAGACAUCACCGCACAAGCCAAUGUUCUCCUAUUUAGAUACUGGGGCGUAGAUGACCUUUUGGCUCAUGAAUUUAGUGACGUCUCAGCAGCAACUAUCUACCUCACAGCCAAAAUAUCGGCCUCUCCUCGCUCUACACGGAGUAUAGCGAACGUAUAUACCUACCUCCUGGCCUGCCCGUCUCUCCCUCUUUCCAAAUCGCUACCUCCGCCGGACCCAGACUCGUACUAUCUCUCCGAAGGGCUUUAUGAGAGGUUCCGCGACCGAAUUCUUAACGUCGAAGGCCAAAUACUCAACGCGAUCGGCUUUAAUACCCAUGUAUCGCUGCCACAUCCGUUAGCCAUUACAUACCUCCAAACGCUCGAUGUGUUCAACUCAAAAGAGAAAGGAAAGGCGGUCGCAAAGAGGACAAUCGAGUACCUGAAUACGGCGUUGUUGAGUCCUCAGAUGUUAUAUCUGACACAUCAGCCUAGCAGUCUGGCAACAGCCGCAAUCUAUUUGGCGGCAAGAGAUCUUGAUCAUAAGCUGGUGGGUGUGGAAUGGUGGGAGGUAUUUGAUUGCGAAAGAGAGGAGCUGGGAUUCUUGGUUGUGGGGAUGGGUAGUCUGGAGGGUAUCGUGAGAAGGGAGAUGGAGAGGUGGGGUGAGCGUGGAAUGAUUACACGAUUAGCUGUUCGAGACGAAGCCAAAAAUCUGGGUAUGGCUGCUGGUGGAAAUGGGGUUGAGGAAGAAGAUGAAGAGACAGAGAUGGCGAGGUUGAUGGACGAGAAGGUUAAAGAGGGUUGA